AUGGGAAAUACGACGGGUCCAAUUCUCGGGCAGCCGGAGGUGGAUUUUAGGGGAGAUAGAAUUCCGCCGCCAGGCGGACAGGAAGGCGUGGGGGAGCAUGCUUUGGGGGAUGAUGUAAAUUGGAUAUAUGAUAUGGCUUGGUAUGGUGAAGCUGUAAGAAAAAGUGAUGGAUAUAUAUGCGAGGAGCAUCCUGCCAAGUUGUCUUCUGAUGGUGUUUGGGAGAAAAUCAUUUAUAAAGGUGAGGGUCUUCGCGUUUGGCAAUAUCGUCUUCCGAAUCUAGAGAUUGUCAUAUUGUUUGUGUUCUUCCUUUGGCAAUUCUUCAACAUCUUGUUCAGGAAAAUGGGACUUAAGAUUCCCAAGUUCACCUCUAUGAUGCUUGCGGGGUUAGUCUUGAACGUUCUACUUACUGUUUCGGGCGAUAAGUCGAUUAUUCAAGAGUUAUUGUUCCCUAAAAAUAAAAUAGAUAUUCCGGGAUGCCUUGGAUUAUUUGGUUUCAUGAUAUUUUGGUUCCUCAAGGGUGUUAAAAUGAACUUCAAGAGAAUCCUCAAGGCUGAAUCAAAGGCAAGAGUAACUGGAGUGGCAGCGGUUACUUUCCCUAUAAUAGUUGGUCUCGUGAUUUACAUGUUAAAACCAGUUGAGAAACGAACGCUCCUAGCCACACCGUAUGGUCCAUUGUUGCUAAUGGAGAGCCUCACGUCUUUUUCGGGAAUCGCAAGGCUCUUGAGAGACCUCGACAUGAACCACUCAGCUCUUGGUCGGGUGGCUUUAUCCGCAGCAUUAGUCUCAGAUAUGAUCGGACUCUUCUACGUGGUGAUGCUGGUCCCUAUUUCUAGCCCAACGUUUGCUAGCUUUGGUUUACUUAUAGAAAUUGGUUUCUAUCUCGCCAUUUGUUUUGCUGUUGUGAGGCCCAUCAUGUUUAAGAUAAUAAAAAGAAAACGUGAAGGGAGACCCAUCGACGACAAGUACAUCUACGGGAUUAUCAUCAUGGUUUGUUUAGCGUGUAUGUAUUGGUACGAUCUUGACCAGUUUCCUGCACUUGGAGCCUUCUUGCUUGGUCUCGCCAUCCCCAAUGGACCUCCUAUUGGUUCUGAACUGGUUGAACGUCUAGAGAGCUUCAACUUUGGUCUUAUAUUGCCUCUCUUCCUUACAUCCAGUAUGCUCAGGACUGAUAUCAGCGCUUGGAAAGAUUGUUUAACCGACCACACUAAAUUCGCGGUUGCAUCUCUCAUCGUACUCAUCUCCUUGUUGAAGUUCUCUGUCUCAAUGAUCAUACCUUACCUCUAUAAAAUGCCACUGAGAGACUCUGUCGUUUUUUCCCUUAUCAUGUCCCAUAAGGGUAUCAUCGAACUAAGUUUCUACCUAUUCUCUUACUCCUCCAAGAUUUUGACUAGAGAUACCUUCUCGAUCCUAGUCUUGUCCAUCGUCCUCAACUCGUUGAUCAUACCAAUAGCGAUCGGAUUUAUCUACGACCCCUCGAAGCAAUUCUUGUGCUACCAAAAGAGAAACUUAGCAAUUAUGAAAAACUCUGGAGAGCUCAAGACUCUAGUAUGCAUCCAUAGACCAGACCACAUAUCUUCCAUGAUCAACCUUCUAGAAGCUUCUUAUCAAUCCGAGGAGAGCCCUCUUACUUGCUACGUACUUCACCUCGUCGAGUUACAAGGUCAAGACGUUCCCACUUUGAUCUCACACAAAGUCCAGAAACUUGGGGUCGGGUCGGGGAAAAAAUAUUCGGAAAACGUCAUCCUCUCUUUCGAACAUUUCCACCGUUACGUGUGCAGUUCCAUUUCCAUUGACACAUUCACAUGCAUCGCAAACGCGAACCACAUGCAAGAUGAUAUUUGUUGGCUAGCUCUCGAUAAAGCUGUCACGCUUAUCAUUCUCCCUUUCCACCGUACCUGGUCUCUCGACCGAACAUCCAUCGUCUCCGAUAGUGAAAUGAUCCGGUUUCUAAACUUUAACGUCUUGAAACAAGCUCCUUGUUCUGUCGGCAUCCUUAUCGAACGACAUCUCGUUAAGAAAAAACAAGAGUUCCAAGAAAACCUCAAGGUUUGUGUUAUAUUCGUGGGAGGAAAAGACGACAGGGAAGCAUUGGCCUUCGCGAAGAGAAUGGCUCGUCAAGAGAACGUGACACUUACCGUUCUACGCCUUGUAGCAUCUGGAAAGAGCAAAGAAACGACAGGAUGGGACCAAAUGCUCGACACCGUGGAACUAAGAGAGUGUAUGCGAAGCAAUGAACCAAAUGAUCAACCAGGAACGCCAAAAGAGGAAGUUCUCACAAUUUACUUGGAACAAGAGAUAAUAGAUGGAGCAGAUACGUCAAUGCUUCUACGUUCCAUGGCAUUUGAUUACGACCUUUUCAUUGUUGGAAGGACAUGCGGUGAGAACCACGAGGCGACCAGAGGGAUAGAGAAUUGGUGUGAGUUUGAGGAGCUUGGAGUCAUUGGUGAUUUCCUGGCCUCCCCGGAUUUCCCGAGCAAAACAUCCGUGUUAGUAGUUCAACAACAACGAACGGUCAGCCAAUAAUUAGAAA